GGAUAAAGAUAAAAGGAAAUAAAUAAAAAUGUGCGUAACAGUUGCAGAGAGCAUAAAGCGAAAAAUGGGUGAGAAUAUACUUUACUUCCUUUUUCUCUUUUUUCUCGUCUCCGUUACAACAGUUCCUUCCUUCUAAUCACUUCCAUCCUAAAUUCUCUCCUUUCUCCAUAACUAACCAAUCCCUUCCUUAACUAUUUCUUCAACAUUUUCCGUUACCUCUUAUAUUUCACAAACAACGUCUUAUUAUGGAACUUGUAACCGCAACUCAUCUUUUACUCACUGCAACGCUUGGACUUCUCAUUUUCUUCAUCUUCGCAAAACUUGUUUCCAUAGCAACCACCGACAAUAGCACAACGACAAAACAUCGUGUUCAGGAACAACCGGUUGGUCCGGUUCUUCAACGGUUGGCGGUUCAGUCACCUCAAACCAAGAGCCGAGUUGGUUUUGUUAAACCGGUUCAAGUUACAACAACAACAACGACAACAACUAGUUUAGAAACCGACGACGCUAUUGUCAAUUCCGAUUCUGGAGUUGAUGUCGAGUUGCCACCGACAAACUCAAACGUUGACGAAACUGAACACGAUGACAUAGGAGUCGCUAAGGUUGAAUCUGAUUCCGAGGUUGUUGAAUGUUUAGAAGAAACGGUUGUGAAAGGUGGCGAUUCUACUGAAGAGAAGAGCAUUGAGUAUGUGGAAGAAGCCACCGGAGAAAAUUCCGGUGAGAAGUUAGUUUCUGAUGUGGUGAGCGAAGGAGAGGAAAAGGAAGAUGAUGAAGAUUGGGAAUGGGAAGGGAUUGAGAGGAGUGAGGUGGAGAAGACGUUUAUGGCGGCUACGGAAUUUGUUGCUGAGAAAGGGUAUAUUGGUAAAUGCGGUGAUGAUUUGGAGAUGGUGUUGUAUGGACUUGAGAGAGUUGCUAUUGAAGGACCUUGCCGUGAACCUCAACCAAUGCCGCUUAAACUCUCCGCACGUGCUAAAUGGAAUGCUUGGCAAAAGCUGGGGAACAUGAGUCCAGACGUUGCAAUGGAGCAAUAUAUCGGCCUUGUUUCCGAUAAAUUUCCUGGAUGGAUGAAAAAUACUUCUACUGGAAUGAGUGAAGGUGGACCCUCGGGAUCAGAAGUUUCUGAGUCUGCUGCUCUGGGUUUGAGCUCAGCUUCGUCUCAUCAACAAACAAGCUUAGCAGACAGGAAACUUGUUCAAGAAUCUAAGUCUGGUGCCCAGGAGUUUAUCCCAUAUGCAGAGUCAGAUUCCGAGAACAAUGUUAAAAAAUGAUGGCAUACCGCACCAUGGGACAUUUUCCUACAUUCAUUUCAGCUAUAAGAAGACUGAUCCUAAGAUUAUAAGUUCUUUUUCAAAUUAUGCGAGAUUCUCGAGCUGUUUGCUUUCUCCUUUAUUACUUAAAUUAUGUGUUGAUUGUUGAUGUGUUAUUCGAUAUCGAUCCGAUGAAAUGUUAAUAGAUAUUUUCUGUAUAUAAAUAAAUGCAUGUAAUUAUGAUCUUA